AUGCCUUUACUCAUCCAUCAACCAUUCUCAGCCAACCAUCCCGAUCGUGAUUUGCUCAUCAAUAAUCGUACCGAAGCUAUGAUUAAAGCUACAAAGGCAAAUCUUUCAAUUUCAAACGAUUCGGAAAAUAUCGUUCAAGUAUGGCCAACUUCAUCAGAAAGAAGUCAAUCUUCUGAUGAUGACGAGAAAGAACAACAAGCUGCACUUUCUGAAUCAGAAGCUGGUCAAAUCAAAGCAGAAAGUGCAUUCACUUCCAAAUCAGUAACCGAUCGAACGUUUCGUGAAUAUCGUCAUCGUAGACAUCUAUCAUACGAUGAUCAUCAAAUUUGGUCAAAAGAGACAGAAAGCAAGAAUGCAACAACCUCAGGCACAAAACGCAAAAGACAAGAUCUAAAUGGAUCAACGGAUGGAAAAGAGGACAAGUCUUUGUCCAACUCACGCGUAUGGCCACAGGAUCAUGAGAAAGGUCGCAUCGGACAAAUGGAAGAAGCAAACAGUACAGACAGUAACACUUCCAGUGGCUCAUCUGCACAUGUCUACAAUACUCCAGUCUCUUCGACAUCUACAGAACAAACACGUGGUAUAAGUAGAAAAAGUGAUGGGCUCUCUUCUGGUGCUGAUUCAGUAACCACAUUUGAAGAUUGCAAGAGUCCUAGCCCGGCCGGAAAAGAUGCAGAAAAGGGAAACAUGUUGUCAAAGAAUACGAUUGCACAUUCAGCAGAUCUGAAUUCGACAAAAAGCCAAGAUGAAACUCUGUACCAGGAUCAGAGAAAGAAGAAUGAUGGUGAUGCAAAGAUUGCCUUGGGUGGCGAAAUCCAGAAUGAAAAGAGAGAAAAUGACGUUACUGACUCGUUUCCGCAAAUGCUUGUCCGAGCUGCACAACGAUCUAAUACGACAGUCUUCAACACUGCUCCUCAGAGAAAGAGUUGUGAUCGAUGCUUUCGAAUGAAGACAAAAUGUUCAAGAGCACAGCCUGGCGCUUCAACCAGCGGACCAUGUGACGGUUGCAUCCGUAGAGGAUUCCCUCAUGACUGCAUCACAUCUAGACCUGAUUUUCCUCAUCCACGCAUCACAUUGGCAAAGCGACCACGCUUAGCGGCAAGCUCUAUCAACCCUCAGUCGGGUGCUAUGCAACCUUUGGUUAACAACCAUGCCCAGGAGAAUGGAACACGGGUAUACUACAAUAACGAAAGAGUUGGAAAUCGUCAAAUUGAUCAAGUUUAUCCGGAAAUGUAUCGUUAUCGAACGCAAACGGCAUCCACUCCUCAAAAGGAUUUACAGCCUCUUCAAAAUUCCAUCAUACGUCGAGAAGCGUGGGUAAAAGAUCAACGCAAUCACCCUUUGCCACCUCUUUCGAACAAUCUUUCAUGUCGUGAAGGUUCGUCCAUUUAUCGUCAACGUUUAUAUCACAAUUACGGUGACGUUCAUAAUGAUCAGGCGCGCUUAUCAUCAUUGCAACAAGAACGCACAGCAGCUGUUGCUUCUUCACUCGCCAACGGUCAAGGUAAUUUGACCGAACUCACUUCUGAAGAAUUGCAUGAGAUCUCCACAAUGGUGACUGGCGAAUUGUUACGUCGGGUACAGGUGAAGAAGUGA